AUGCAAAAUACUAGUGGUAGGCGGUGGAGCUGGAGGUUGCGCCGUGGCAGCCAAAUUAUCCAGCAAAUUAGGCCAAGGGAAGGUGAUCGUACUGGAACCAGCAGAGGCGACUCAGCGACACAUCAAUGAUCUGUGGAAACGCUGGUCGAAGGAAUACAUCAGUUUGUUGCAUCAACGUCCUUCUAAGUGGAGAAAAAUUCCGACAGAUUUCAAGAUUGGUUCAACGAUUCUUUUGAAACAGGAUAAUACUCCUCCCAAACAAUGGCCUCUUGGGCGCGUUAUUGCUAUCAAUCCCAGCGAAGAUGGAAUCGUACGAGUUGUGGAUGUACGUACUCAAGCUGGCAUUCGUCGCAGAGCUACUACAGAGUUAUGUUUACUUCCUCUUGAUGACUCCCUGAACGAAGACUGCAAGAAUCAUUUCCAAUCUAACGAAAAUGACCAACUCCAAUCAUCCGAUAUUUGAAUGCUGCGCUUCAACGAGGCCCAGGAUGUUACGGAUCUUCACAUAACAUACAUCAUCGUCAUCGUCAUAUUAUCAUACUAAGAAAUCCAAUUAAAAUAUGUUCACCUUUGCUAUCACACAUGCAUUUAAUAAGCGAAACAGAAAAAAUACACACGCACACUAUCACACACUCUCAUCUCGAAAUGACGAUUAAAAGUUACUCAGUUACUACUGAGCAAUCAUCGUGAUAAGACGCCCAUCUUUAUUGUUCCGAAGUUCCCGUUACGCUGCUGUUUGCUUCUUGGUGCUAAAUUGCCAUCUGUAAAUUCGUGGAAAGACAAUUAAUUUUGGCGAUACCCGUUGUUCACUAGGUCGACAAAGCUACCCUAUUUCAUUUGUUGAGACAACUAGUACUUGUUCUUAUUACAAUACCAAUGCACGGAAGUGUCAUGUGUUAACAUGAUGUUGAACAGCUUGAAAUCAUCCGCAAACGAUAGAUUCAUUCAGAAUCAAGUCGGUUAAGUAAAUUAAAAAGAGAAACGAUCAGGGAUGGCCACCCUGAGGGACACCAGAUCUGAUAGCUCAUUUUGAUAUCAUGCAGUCUCCAAUUUUCAAAUGAAUCUAAUUAAUGGAAGAUCCAAGUCCUUCUAGUUUAGAAACCAUUGUUCGAUGUUUAAUCUUAUCGAAGGCAGCGGAGAAAUCGAUGGCGAUUUCUUCAUUCUAAGCUAAAUUAUGAUUAUAGAUCUAUCGCAAAUAUGAUCUUCUCAUAUACAUGGAAUCACUACUACCAACCAAUGUUCACUCUAAUUGGAGGUGGAAUAAAAACCUUGACUGACAGCUUUCGGCCUAUGGGCAAAGUGUUGCCUACCCUCGCCAAAUGGCUUCAAGAUUCGGCAACAAAAUUUGAACCAGAAAAUAAUACUGUUUUCACAUCGAAGGGAGACAAAAUUGAAUAUGAAUUACUGCUGGUGGCCGUAGGUGUUCAACUGAACUAUGAUAAAAUCCCCGGGCUGGAGGAGGCUCUCUCGAUUCCGAAGAGCAAGGUUUGCUCAAAUUACUCACCGAAGUAUGUGAAUCGUACGUUUGAAGCGCUAAAAGCUUUCAAAGCAGGGAAUGCAAUUUUUACCUUCCCGAAUACUCCAGUAAAAUGUCCCGGUGCUCCUCAGAAAAUCAUGUACAUUGCAGAACACUACCUUCGGAAAUCAAAGAAAAGACAAAAUGCAACCGUUAUCUACAAUACGUCUCUUCCAGUCCUAUUUGGAGUCAAACACUACGCAGAUGCUCUAUGGAAAAUAGUGGAAAAACGUAAUAUCAAAGUCAACCUACGAACUAAUUUGGUUGAAGUUCUGCCUGGUCAAAAUAAAGCUGUGUUUCAGAAUUUGGAUAAACCAGAAGACAAAAUCACUACUGAUUAUGAAUUCCUGCAUGUAACUCCUCCAAUGGGUGCUCCAGAUGCGCUAGCUAGUUGUAAGAGUCUCGUGACGGACACAGGGUUUGUAGAUGUCGAUAAGGACACUCUUCAGCAUACCACUUUCAAAAAUGUAUUCGCUAUUGGUGACUGCUCGGGAUCUCCGAACUCCAAAACCGCUGCCUCCGUUGCUGCUCAAUCGCAAGUAGUGUACAAAAAUAUGAUGGCAGUAAUAGAAGGACAAAAUCCGACUCGAGUCUUUGAUGGAUACGCAUCUUGUCCACUGGUCACCGGUUACAAUACCUGCAUCAUGGCUGAAUUCGACUACAGUCUGACGCCUCUGGAAACGUUCCCAAUUGACCAAAGCAAGGAACGGUACUCGAUGUAUCUGAUGAAAAAAGACCUUAUGCCCCCACUCUACUGGCAUCUGCUAUUGAAUGGUUUGUGGAAUGGACCCGGCUUUGCUAGGAAAUUGAUGCAUUUUAGAAUCUAGUUCGUUUUAGUUAUCGUACUUUGAACAGUUUUUUUUUGAAAAUAAGCAUCAUUGAUGUCGUCGAUUGCAUUGUGUUGUAAUCGGAAUAAGUCGGGUACACACAGAAAAAAAAGAUAAUAAACUCAAGUUUAUUGUGCUUCGAGUUCAAUGAAAUUUUAUUUCGAAUCAAAUAUAUUUAAUAUUUUUCGUCUGUGAUGUUACUAAUACAUUGUUUGAUAGUUGUGAAAUCAAAGGGAUUUUUUUCAAAAUGUAUCAGUUUUAGAACGAAAUAGAAAAAGACAACGCAAUUGGAAAA